AACCGCGGAGAAAACCGCCCGGAGACUCCCGCCACGCCCAGACCCGCCCAUCUCUGCUUGGGGCGGAACGGAUUCUUUCUCGGCCUUCCAGGCUGCGACGGAGACCCCGCCCCGUUCACGCCACUUCAUUGGCUUUGGUGACCGGCCCCCUGAGUGUCAUCUCCGGAUUGGCCAACUCGGCCGCCGCUCGGCGCUCUUCUCGGGGGCGCGCGGCGGGCGUAACCACGCCUCUUACGUCUGGACGCUGGGUCGCCUCGGGAGGCUCAGUAUCGCCGCCCAGAAGGAAGGAGGGCAGUUGUGCUAGGAGCUGCUAUGGUGCUGAAUUCCCCGGCAGAGUCGACCCAGACGCAGCGGUCGCGGCCAUGAAGGCGGGUGCCACGUCUAUGUGGGCUUCGUGCUGUGGGCUGCUGAAUGAAGUCAUGGGGACUGGAGCUGUCAGGGGCCAGCAGUCAGGAUUUGCAGGAGGCACUGGUCCAUUCAGAUUUACACCGACCUCUGAUUUUUCCACUUACCCACCAGCACCUACAGAAGGGCCUAAUAUAGUUUGCAAAGCCUGUGGACUUUCAUUUUCAGUCUUUAGAAAGAAGCAUGUAUGUUGUGACUGCAAGAAAGAUUUUUGCUCCGUUUGUUCCAUCUUACAAGAAAAUCUCCGUAGAUGUUCCACUUGUCACUUAUUACAAGAGACAGCCUUUCAGCGCCCUCAGUUAAUGCGACUGAAAGUGAAGGAUCUACGGCAGUAUCUCAUUCUUAGAAACAUACCGAUCGAUACCUGUCGAGAGAAAGAAGACUUGGUAGAUCUGGUACUGUGUCACCGUGGUCUGGGCUCUGAGGACAACCUGGACACGAGCAGUCUGAAUUCCUCAAGGUCCCAGACUUCUAGCUUUUUUACACAUUCAUUUUUUUCAAACUAUACAGCCCCAUCUGCUACCGUGUCUUCCUUUCAGGGAGAGCUUAUGGGUGGAGACCGGACCUUAGGAUCUGGAGUACUGGCACAGGUGCGAAGUGAAAUAGCUUCAGCAAACACAGAAGAUGAUGAAGAAGAUGAUGAUGACGACGACGACGAUGACGAGGAUGAAGAAAACUUGGAGGAGCGGGUGAGACUGCCUACAUCUGGCCUCGCUAAGAAGAGAGAGAGAGCUUCUCUGUCUGACCUGUCAAGCCUUGAAGACGUGGAAGGGAUGAGCGUGCGCCAGCUCAAGGAAAUCCUGGCUCGGAAUUUUGUCAACUAUUCUGGCUGUUGUGAAAAAUGGGAGCUAGUAGAGAAAGUAAACCGGUUAUACAAAGAGAAUGAAGAAAAUCAAAAGUCAUAUGGCGAGCGCCUGCAGCUGCAGGACGAGGAGGACGACAGCCUGUGCCGGAUCUGCAUGGAUGCCAUCAUCGACUGCGUCCUGCUCGAGUGCGGGCACAUGGUCACCUGCACCAAGUGCGGCAAGCGCAUGAGCGAGUGUCCCAUCUGCCGGCAGUACGUGGUGCGCGCCGUGCACGUGUUCAAGUCCUGAAGCCGAGGACCCCCCAGGCUCGAUCCCAGACGUUUCAGUGCACAGAAGGGACUGGAAACAUCCUGUUCAAAAUUUGAAGCUAUUUUUAAAAAUUAUUUUCACAACUAACUGGGGAUGGGAAAGAUUCAUUCUAAGUUGCAGCAGCACUGGUCCAUGCUGUAUGCCUGUCAGCUGGGAGGACUGGCUCAGUUUCCCAGUUUCUGCUGGGCUUCUUCACACAUCUCUUAUUACUAAUCACAGAAGUCAGACUGCUUAUGGCAUCAGCUACUGUUCUCUUUGGAGGACAUUUAUCCUGUUCUCUUAUUUCUCCUUCAUCCUAUUUUUAACUUAAACUACUCAGAUGUUUGAAACUUCUGCUCUCUUUGGAUGAGGUCACUGUCUGCAAAUGACCGACAUGGUACACACUGAACAGGGGCACCUCUGAAUGUUCAUUUUAUUAGUCAUGUAUAUUUUAAAUGCUACUGUUUGAUGAAUGUAAUUUUCCACAUUGUUGCUAUUUCUGCGUUUAAACAUAAUUGGGAACAACGGACAUUCUAUAGUCAACUGCCAGGGCCUGAGACUAAACAUGUCCAUUUUUGUUCAGGUACAGCUUUUUAUAGCGAGGGCUGCAUCUAGCUUCCUUCAUUAGAGAAGUGUGUGUGUUAAAUUCUUUAUUAACGUGUAAUCAGUUUACACUGUUUUAUAUAUUGAAAGUGUAUUUUCAGUGCUACCCACUAGCUAGUUUGAACUUUAAGAAUAAAAUUAGGUUUUAAAAAAUG